GUGCCGGGCCACUGUCGGGCGCAGCUGCUCUCACUCUCAGCUAAACGCCUCACACGUGCGGAGAGGACUGUAGUGCGUAUCUGACGCUAUUGGAGACCCCUCCGCGCACUUGUUGCCAGCUUUGGUGAUGCCAUGCCCAGGAACCACAGCGGAGACGAAGGCGGAGGCGGAGGUGGAGGCAGCGGGCUCUGGAUGAGAGCAUCACCCAGACAUCAUAACGAGGGCUACGGCAUAAAAGAUGUGGAGUGCGGACGAAAGAUGAUGAUGAACAACGCGGGAGAUGGGUUGCUGUCCCCUUCUGCCACCACCGCAGCCAGCGGCGGCACCAGCGCCGCUGGUGGUCGCGGCUCGGACGGCCUGGCAGGGAAGCAGGGAGCUCGACUCAGCCUCCUGGGAAAGCCGCUGGUGUACAGCGCCCAGAGCGGCCGAAGAAACGUGCGCUACCGGCGGCUUCAAAACUACCUAUACAACGUCCUGGAGAGACCCAGAACCUGGGCGUUCAUCUACCACGCUUUCGUGUUCAUCUUGGUUUUCACCUGCCUGGUCCUUUCCGUUUUCUCAACCAUCCCGGCUCAUCAGGACAUCUCCUCCAAUUGCCUACUAAUUCUGGAGUUUGUGAUGAUCGUUGUGUUUGGUUUGGAGUAUAUCAUACGCAUCUGGUCGGCAGGAUGCUGCUGCCGCUACAGAGGAUGGCAGGGCCGUCUGCGCUUCGCCAGGAAGCCCUUCUGUGUCAUAGACAUCAUAGUGUUGAUUGCAUCGGUAGCAGUGGUGUCGUCGGCAGGCAGUCAAACCAACAUGUUUGCCACCUCAGUCCUGCGGAGCUUGCGUUUCCUGCAGAUUCUUCGGAUGGUACGGAUGGACCGAAGAGGCGGGACCUGGAAGCUGCUGGGAUCUGUGGUGUACGCUCAUAGUAAGGAGCUGGUAACUGCCUGGUACAUCGGCUUCCUGGUUUUGAUCUUCUCUUCGUUCCUCGUCUACCUCGUGGAGAACAAGUUCAACAAAGAGUUUGCCACCUAUGCUGAUGCAUUGUGGUGGGGCACGAUCACCCUAACAACUAUCGGCUAUGGAGACAAGACACCAAAGACAUGGACAGGACGGAUGCUGUCCGCAGGGUUCGCACUCCUGGGUAUUUCCUUCUUUGCCUUGCCUGCUGGUAUUCUGGGCUCUGGAUUUGCCCUGAAGGUUCAGGAGCAGCACAGACAAAAACACUUUGAGAAGAGGAGGAACCCUGCAGCCUACCUCAUCCAGUGUGUUUGGCGUAGUUAUGCAGCUGAUGAGAACUCGGUUUCCGUUGCUACCUGGAAGCCUCACUUGAAAGCAUUGCAUACCUGCAGCCCUACAAAGAAGGAUCAGGGGGAGUCAACCUCCAGUAAAAUUCAUAGUAAUAAGCAGAAGCUACUGAGGAGUUAUACCACUCGGAAACAUAGCCAAAAGUUAAGCUUCAAAGAGCGUGUGAGGAUGGCAAGCCCCCGCGGUCAGAGCAUCAAGAACCGCCAGACGUCCUCUGUAAAUGACCGGCGUUCUCCAGUGGCCGAUGGUGGCACAGAGGGCACCAGUCCUGCCAAGGUUCAAAAGAGCUGGAGCUUCAACGACCGCACGCGCUUCAGACCUUCGCUCCGGCUCAAGAGCCAGUCCCGCUCCACCACUGACGCAGACUCCACUGUGACGGGGGACGAUGCCUUUGAUGAUAAGGGCUGCCACUGUGAGAUCUCUGUGGAAGACUUGCUGCCCUCCAUCAAGACUGUCAUCCGAGCUGUCAGGAUCAUGAAGUUUCAUGUAGCAAAGAAGAAGUUUAAGGAGACUCUGCGUCCAUAUGAUGUCAAAGAUGUGAUUGAACAGUACUCUGCCGGUCACUUGGACAUGCUGUGCCGCAUUAAGAGUCUGCAGACCAGGGUGGACCAAAUUCUUGGGAAGGGACAGGUCCCUCUGGAUAAGAAGAUACGAGAGAAGUUGCUGUCUGAUGGAGAUAUGUUGGAGGACAUGAGCAUGCUGGGUCGUGUCUGUAAGGUGGAGAGACAGGUUCAGUCAAUUGAGUCAAAGUUGGACUCUCUGUUGGACAUUUAUCGUCAGGUUUUGCGUAAAGGCUCCUCUUCGGCUCUCACUCUCUCUUCGCUACCCCUGUUUGAGCUAGAGCAGACCUCUGACUACAACUCUUCAGUCUUUAGUAAGGACCUCUCCACUCAGGUCAGCUGCGGUGGAGCGCUUCCCCCGAGCGGCUACACCACACGCUCUUCAACCAACUCCCAGCUCUCCCAGGGAGGGCUUCACCUCAUUCUAGCACCUCAGAACGAACUCAACCUUAAUCUCCAUGCGUCAUCGUCCACACCUCCCUCUGGCCUCACAUCUUCCCCUUUUAGCCCCUCGCCGCUGCCUCGUUAUCAUCCUCAUCUGCAACAUCAUAAACAGGUUCAGGCCACAUCACCUGAAAGUGGCACUGAUGAGGCUGUGGGGAGCUCCCCUACUGUCCUCACCCCGAACAGUACCAGCAGUUCUGGGGGCCGAGGAGUAGGAGAUGAAGGCUUUCCUUUUUUGGCAAGGCUUCCGCCUCCCCCUUCUAGACAAACCCCUGGCAAACUGAUCCAAGCAACCUCUAGAGAGACUUCUCCUGAAAUUAAGAGCUUCUGCAGAGGUCUGCAUAGCCACACAGAAGACAGUAAUGUUGGGAAGGACCUAGGACUUGAGUUUGGAUUGAGCACAUUAGGGCAACAGUUAAAAGGGAACACUAAUGGUACUGGCAGGCUUAACGCAAAGGAAGAAGGCUCCUGGAGGAGGCACAUGAGUCUCGAACUGGAGCCACUUAUGCCAUCAGCACCAGGUUGUUGCUCGAGGCCCAUCCAUAUGGACCAGGGAAUGGGCAAAUCCAUGUCAGUGCAGGACCUGGUGCAGGUAGGUCCUGUUCAUGAUGCACACCAAAGCCACAGCCUUUCCUCUCCAAGUCCAAGUACAAGCAGUGACUCUCCAACAGGCUUCAACAGUUGUUGCCAAGACCUUGUCGGAGACACUGGUGGUACAAGAAGAGGAUGUUGGGGCGAGGAGGACCUCUUUAUCAGUGACAGGGACAUGGAGGGGCAAGGGUUUGACUUUUUGUCACAGGGGACAUCUGAGAUUCACUCAUUUUCUUCUGAGCACCUGAGGACAGCAGAUAGAGCGGGGGUAGGGACCCAGGGCUCUAACCGGAGCCUGGCUGGUGGUCCGUCAUCGUCAGCCUCCACUGGCAACGUCGAACUGCUGAACAUGCCACAUGUACGGCUAAAAUAAGCCCAUUAAACAUUUGGAAGAAACACAAAUCUCACCUCAGAGACGGUUUUUAUCUUUUUUUUGGAGGCGAGAUUGAUGGGUGGGUGGGAAUUUUACAUGGGGUCUUGUUUUCUUUUGUUUAUUUUUGACUUGGUUCUCUUGAUAAGAUUCCUUUUUUUUCACACAGGAUAAUCAUAUUGGCAUGAAUUACUCUGUGUUUUAAUGUGUUUCAUGGAUCUGAAAUAAAAGACGAAUGACAAAAAAGGCAGAAAACUAUUUUUGAAUUAAAUUAAGUAAUGGAUGGGUCGAUGUGCUAUGUAGCAUGAACUGCAUGUUUUCAGUAAAGCACAGAUAAGAAACUACACCUACAAGCAUGGCCAUCCACUACCUUAAUAGUUUAUUGUGAGUUAAAAAGCUUUUUGUGGUCCAUGACAUCUGAGAAAUGUUUUCAUUGUGUUUUUAUAAACUCAUAUCCACUUUAGGAAGCCAGAUCUCUGCAAGUAAUUGAACUGACCUGUUUUCAUUUGGAAUACAGAAAAUACAUAUUUCACAAAAUCCACAUGUUUUAACUUCUUUUUGCAUAAUGUUCAUUGAACAAUCCAGUUAAUAAAUGUGCACAAAUAUGAUAAAAUGCUAGUUUUUUGUGAUGAUAAAAACUGAGACCAUAAAAUUUUUUUUCUGAAAAUGUCAACAGUGCAACUGGAAAAAACAACAUUUCUGCUUUUGUGUAAAAAUCUAAAAAAUUUCCUGGUGCAAAAUUGUACACACCCUUUAAACUUUAGCUAUGUAAAAAGUCCCUUUGAUUCAGUUUCAAGUUGGGAAAAGAGGCUAUGGCCAAAAAAAUAGAAAUGAUUUUCCAAAAUCUUCACGUGUCUGUAAGGAAACCUAAGAUAUAGAGGGAUGUCAUUUUUCAGCAUCACAAUCAAACUACUGCACAUCCAAAUCAACAAAUUGAUGGCUAAUUGAGAAAAAUCUUUUGGAGUAGCCGAGCAGAAGUCAUGAACUCAAACAAAAUAUUUGUAGGAUCAUCUGAAGAGGAUUGUUGAGAAGAAAUGUUCUCACUGUCUAGCAUUUCACAUUUGAAGACGUCUUCAGCUAACUGUGUUAUGGUUUUCUCAAGUACGGCACGGAUCAAAAUCAACUAAGUAUUUUUUAUAUUUCUCCUCUGGUGUGUUUAUUUCUCAGUGGAAUUAGUCGGGAUAUAAGUGAAAAUACAUUGGCACACAUUUUUGAAAAGAUUCUUCAUGGUAUCAUUUUUUUUACAUCACAAAGUACAAAAUGAGUGGGACGAUACCUUUGUAUGUGUUCACUGUGCAAUUUGUAAUGAGCAACUACUUCAGUAUCUCCAGAGCAAAACUGAAUAGUAGUAAGCAGGCCUUCUUACAUCAAAAUGUAAGACAUGAUUUUUUUUAUGGCAUUUAUUAGCUGUUUUUUUUUUCUACAAACCCUUCAUGAUUUAAUUCUCUGUUAAAUUAAUUAAUUAAGUAAACACAGGAGCAGAACUACCCAGCCAGUCUGCGUAACAGAACACACAAUCUAACUUCAUGACAUGCUGCCACAAUAAUUGUUAAUGUCUGUUGAUGUCUAUGCUCCAUCCUUCAUAACAUGCUUUUUCAAAUGAGAGGGGGCAUCUAUGACACUUAAAGUAAUUAUGCCCUGUCCAUUUUACUUCAGCUCUGUGCAGCUCCUCAUAAUGACUUAAAUGUUAUCAUUUCCUAAAGCUGCUGUGAAAAUAUUCUGAAAAAAUGAUUUUGGGCAUCAAAUUCAU